UGAUGUAAAAAACUCUUAAAAAAUUGUAUAACGUGGAAAAGACAUACAAUUGAAUUGACCACUGCUAAUCUGAAUAAUCUCUCAUUGAUUGGUUUUUCCAAGUCAAAGAUGCCAUCCACUAUGGACAUAUCACACAAAAACCCCUUCCUGCAUAUAUAUGAAAGAUCUCAUUGAUAUUUUAGCAAAAAUAUUUCAUCAUAUCAUAUACUAAGGGGUAAUUACAAUUUUCUUGGAUACAAUGGGAAGAGUUGGAGCAAAUAAUGAAGGGGAAACUCCUCAGCCAGAGAGUAGUGGUACAGAACCAAAUCCUUCACAACCUCAACAGUUCCAAGGAGUACAAGCUGUACUUCAGUCACCAUCACAUUUACCAAUUGGAGCUCCUUGGAGCACUGGUUUAUUUGAUUGUCAUUUGGAUCAAACUAAUGCUGUUAUGACAGCGUUCUUACCUUGUGUUACAUUUGGACAAAUAGCAGAAGUCCUUGAUGCAGGACAAAUGACAUGUCCUUUGGGGACUUUCAUAUACAUGCUGAUGAUGCCUGCUCUUUGCUCUCAGUGGAUCAUGGGCUCAAAGUAUAGAACUCAGUUGAGACAAAGAUAUAGUCUUGUGGAAGCUCCUUAUUCGGACAUAAUUUCCCACAUUUUCUGUCCCUGUUGUGCUCUUUGUCAAGAGUUCAGAGAGCUUCGGAACAAGGGACUUGAUCCUGCUCUAGGGUGGAAUGGUAUAGUUGCUCAGCAACAUUAUGGGAACCAACAAGUGAAUCAAGCUCCCCAAGUACAGUCCAUGUCAAAGUAAAAUUCAAAAUUGUGAAUUUUUGUUUGUUUGAUUUGAGGUUGUAGUGUGUUUAAGUCAUUUUUUGCAACAACCUUGUUUGAAGUUGUAUCCUUAGUCAAUCAGGCUGUGUUAAUUGUUUGAACUAUGUUUCUAUAACUUUGUUUCAAUUAGAUUAUUGUUUUACUGGAA